AUGCACGCCUCCACUCUUCUCGCUUGUCUCCCUCUCCUCGCAGGCACCUUCGCCGCUCCCGUGGAGGAUGUCAAGCGCGCUGCAUCCGCCUCCUGCCCCUCAUACACAAUCAUCAACACGCGCGGAACAAGCGAACCCCAGGGUCAGUCCUCUGGUUUCAAGACGAUGAACUCCCGCGUCACUUCUGCUCUCAGCGGCGGCAAAAUCUACAACACCGUCUACGCAGCCAGCUUCUCCCAGAACUCUGCAGCCGGCACCGCCGACAUCGUCAACAAGAUCACUCGUACCCUGGCGACAAACCCCAACGAGUGUUUCAUCCUCGAGGGAUACUCCCAGGGCGCCGAUGCCACCGUAAACGCCAUGCCGAAGCUGACAGGUGCCGCCUUCGCCGCCGUCAAGGGCGUGUUUCUGAUCGGCAAUCCGGCGCACAAGUCUGGUCUAGCGUGCAACGUCGACAACAAUGGAGGUACGACGACGCGCAACGUCAAUGGUAUGUCUAGCGCGCUCGGGACGGGGAUUCCCAGCACCUGGAUCCCCAAGACGCUUGACGUGUGCAUCUUUGGGGACGGCGUCUGCGAUACUUUGCACGGUUUUGGUAUCAACGCGCAGCACCUCCAGUACUCCAAUAAUGCGCCCACUCAGAACAUGGGCAGCACUUUCAUCCAGAAGCAAUUGGCUUAG